CUCCCCUUCGCUCACCGUCGUCCCAGUUCUGCUCGACCUUCCUGUCGCCGUUGUUGUUGUUCCUAUCGCCGUCAACCAUCAAGGACAACGGCUGCGCCGAACUACCACGAUGUCUAAAAUCUUCUGCAUUCCUGGGAUCGUCUUCCUCCUUGUCGCGCUCAUUGUGAGCUUCUUGGCUUCAAUCUCCCUGCCAUAUCUCCCUACGCUCGAUAUUACGCGUGUCGAGUUCACCCCUAGUCUCGUCGAAAAUGAAAUGACCAACUUACGCUUCGGCAUUUGGACCUCGUGUUACUACAAUGAAGAGGAGGAUAAGACCUGUCAGAAGAAUGGCUACGCCUACGAAGUCGACGUCUCCACCGCCGACGGAGCUGAGCAAGUCGUUAUUGGCUCAUCGUGGACUCGCGGUCUCGUUGUUCAGCCUCUCGCCACUGCCGUCACCCUCGUCGCGCUAUGCUUGUCUCUGUCAACGAACCUUUUCGUUGCGCUUCUCGCUUCUUUGGUCUCCUUCCUCGCUGCCAUCAUGCACCUCAUCUCUUUCGCUAUCCAAAUUGCCCUCUUCGCGUACGUCAAGAAGAAGAUGAACGACCUCGAUAUUGAUGCCAAGACCAAGGUCUCCCCUGGUUUCUGGCUCGUCUUUGCCAGCUUGCUCCUCACUCUUUUGGGCGGUUGCACCGUAUGCUUCGGUCGUCGCCGUGACAAGGCCAAGAAGAGGGCUGCCGCCACUGCUGCUGCCGUCGAGGCCAACCCCGCCCCCGCCGCUGAUACUGCAGAACCCGCUGCUACUGACGAGAAGCCUAAGUCUGGCUUCCUUUCCCGCUUCCGCAAGAACUAA